AUGAGUGGAUUAAGUGAAAACUCCUUGGAUCCACUGGCCACUGAUUCACGAAAACGCAAAUUGCCAUGUGAUACCCCGGGACAAGGUCUUACCUGCAGUGGUGAAAAGUGGAGAAGGGAGCAGGAGAGUAAAUAUAUUGAAGAACUGGCUGAAUUGAUAUCUGCUAAUCUUAGUGAUAUUGACAAUUUCAAUGUCAAACCAGAUAAAUGUGCAAUUUUAAAGGAAACAGUAAGACAGAUACGUCAGAUAAAAGAGCAAGGCCAGGGAGUUAUUGAUAAAGACUCUUUAGGACCACUUUUACUUCAGGCACUGGAUGGUUUCCUCUUUGUGGUGAAUCGAGACGGAAACAUUGUAUUUGUGUCAGAAAAUGUCACACAAUACCUGCAGUAUAAACAAGAGGACCUGGUCAACACAAGUGUCUACAGUAUCUUACAUGAGGAAGACAGAAAGGAUUUUCUUAAAAACUUGCCAAAAUCCACAGUUAACGGAGUUGCCUGGACAAAUGAGACGCAGAGGCAAAAAAGCCAUACGUUUAAUUGCCGCAUGUUGAUGAAAACACAACAUGACGUUCUGGAAGACGUAAGUGCCAGCCCUGACGUACGCCAGCGAUAUGAGACGAUGCAGUGCUUUGCCCUGUCCCAGCCACGAGCUAUGAUGGAGGAAGGGGAAGAUUUGCAGUCCUGUAUGAUCUGCGUGGCCCGCCGCAUUACUACAGGAGAAAGAGCGUUUCCAUCGAAUCCCGAGAGCUUCAUUACCAGACACGAUCUUUCAGGAAAAGUUGUCAAUAUAGAUACAAAUUCUCUGAGAUCCUCCAUGAGGCCUGGGUUUGAAGAUAUCAUCCGAAGGUGUAUCCAGAGGUUUUUCAGUCUCAAUGAUGGUCAGUCAUGGUCCCAGAAACGUCACUAUCAAGAAGCUUACAUCCAUGGCCACGCAGAAACCCCCGUGUAUCGAUUCUCUCUGGCUGAUGGGACUGUAGUGACUGCACAGACAAAAAGCAAACUCUUCCGAAAUCCCGUAACAAAUGACCGCCAUGGCUUUGUCUCCACCCACUUUCUUCAGAGAGAACAGAAUGGGUAUAGACCAAACUCAAACCCUCUUGGACAAGGUGUUAGACCGCCAGUGGCUGGAUGUAACAGUUCAGUAGGCAGCAUGAACAUGUCGCCAAACCAGGGCUUACAGAUGCUGAGCAGCAGAACCUAUGGCUUGUCAGACCCCAGCAGCACAGGGCAAGUGAGCGGAGCUAGGUAUGGGGUUUCCAGUAACAUUGCUUCCAUGAACCCCGGGCAGUCACCUUCUUCCUAUCAGAACAGCAGCUAUGGUCUCAGCAUGAGCAGCCCCCCCCAUGGAAGUCCUGGUCUUGGCUCCAGCCAGCAGAGUAUCAUGGUUUCGCCUCGUACUCGUGGGAGUCCAAAGAUGGCCGCACAUCAGUUUUCUCCUGUUGCAGGUGUGCAUUCUCCCAUGGGAUCUUCGGGCAAUACCGGGAGCCACAGUUUUUCCAGCAGCUCUCUGAGCGCCCUGCAGGCUAUCAGUGAGGGUGUGGGGACUUCUCUUUUAUCUACUCUCUCUUCACCAGGCCCCAAAUUAGAUAACUCUCCCAGUGUGAGUAUUGCCCAGCCAAGUAAAGUGAGCAGCCAGGAUUCCAAGAGUCCCCUAGGUGCAUAUCGUGACCAGAACCCAGUGGAGAGCUCACUGUGUCAGUCAAAUAACAGGGGUCACCUCAGCGACAAAGAGAGUAAAGAGAGCACUGUGGAAGGGUCAGAGAGUCCACGGGGUCCUCUGGAAAGCAAAGGUCAUAAAAAGUUACUGCAGUUGCUUACCUAUUCUUCGGAUGACCGGGGUCAUUCCUCCUUGACCAGUUCUCCCCUGGAUUCCAGUUGUAAAGACUCAUCCCUUAGUGUCACCAGCCCUUCUGGAGUCUCUUCUUCCACUUCUGGAGGCGUGUCCUCCACAUCCAAUAUGCACGGGUCGCUGUUGCAAAAGAAACACCGAAUUUUGCACAAGUUGCUGCAGAAUGGGAAUUCGCCAGCCGAAGUAGCCAAGAUUACAGCAGAGGCCACUGGGAGAGAUACCAAUAGUACAGCUUCCUGUGGGGAAGGAAAUGUCAAGCAGGAGCAGCUAAGUCCUAAGAAGAAGGAAAAUAAUGCACUUCUUAGAUACCUGCUGGAUCGGGAUGAUCCUAGCGACACCCUCUCUAAAGAGCUACAGCCCAAAGUGGAAGGCGUUGAUAGUAAAAUGAGUCACUGUGGCAACUCCACCAUUCCUACCUCGAGUCAAGAAAAGGACUCUAAAAUGAAGACAGAAGCAAAUGAAGAGGGACCUGGAGACUUGGAUAAUUUAGAUGCUAUUCUUGGUGAUCUGACUGGUUCUGACUUUUACAAUAAUCCAAUGCCUACCAAUAGUACCAGUUUGGGAACCAAGCAACAUAUGUUUCAAGGAGCUAAUUCUCUGGGUUUGAGAAGUCCACAGCCCGUGCAGUCCGUUCGUCCUGCCUAUACCCGAGCAGUGUCUCUAGACAGCCCGGUGUCUGUGGGCUCAAGCCCCCCAGUGAAGAACGUCAGUGCUUUCCCUAUGUUACCGAAGCAACCCGUGUUGGGUGGGAAUCCAAGAAUGAUGGAUAAUCAGGAGAAUUAUGGCUCAAAUAUGGGUGGACCAAACCGGAAUGUGACUGUGAAUCAGACUUCUUCCCCAGCAGACUGGGGCUUACCAAACUCAAAGGCUGGCAGAAUGGAACCUAUGAGCUCAAACUCCCUGGGGAGACCAGGAGCAGAUUACAGUGCUUCUUUACCCAGACCUGCCAUGGCCGGCUCCAUGCCCAUCUUGCCUGCUCGGUCCAAUAGCAUCCCAGGCACACGGCCAGUGCAGCAGCAGCAGCAGCAACAGCAGCAGCAGAUGCUUCAAAUGAGGCCUGGUGAGAUUCCCGUGGGAAUGGGGGUCAGUCCUUACAGCCAAGCAGCACCAUCUAACCAACCAGGUCCCUGGCCAGAUGGCAUGUUGUCCAUGGAACAAGGCCUUCAUACAACUCAGAAUAGGCCACUUCUUAGGAGUUCCCUGGAUGAUCUCCUUGGGUCACCGUCUAACCUGGAAGGCCAGAGUGAAGAAAGGGCAUUGCUGGACCAGCUGCACACUCUCCUGAGCAACACAGAUGCCACAGGCCUGGAAGAGAUUGACAGAGCUCUGGGCAUCCCUGAACUUGUCAAUCAAGGCCAAGCUUUGGAGCCCAAACAGGAACCUUUUCAAGGCCAAGAAGCAGCAGUCAUGGUGGAUCAGAAGGCAGCAUUAUAUGGGCAGACGUACCCAGCACAGGGGCCUCCAAUGCAAGGAGGCUUUAAUCUUCAGGGACAAUCAGCGUCUUUCAACUCUAUGAUGAACCAGAUGAGCCAGCAAGGCAGCUUUCCUCUGCAAGGAAUUCAUCCGCGGGCCAACAUCAUGAGACCCCGGACAAACACCCCCAAGCAACUUCGGAUGCAGCUUCAGCAGAGGUUGCAGGGUCAGCAGUUUUUGAAUCAGAACCGCCAGGCGCUUGAAAUGAAAAUGGAAAACCCUGCUGCGGGGGGCGCUGGGGUGAUAAGGCCCAUGAUGCAGCCCCAGGUGAAUGCACAGGGCUUUCUCAAUGCCCAGAUGGUCGCCCAGCGGAGCAGGGAGCUGCUCAGCCACCACUUCCGGCAGCAGAGGGUGGCGAUGAUGAUGCAGCCGCCGCAGCCGCCGCCGCCGCAGCCCCAGGCCUUCAGCCCACCCCCGAACGUGACCGCCUCCCCCAGCAUGGACGGAGUUUUGGCAGGACCCGUGCUGCCACAAGUGCCACCACAGCCGUUCCCGUACCCACCAAACUACGGAAUGGGCCAGCAACCUGAUCCAGCCUUUGGUCGAGUGUCUAGUCCUCCCAGUGCAAUGAUGUCAUCGAGAAUGGGUCCCUCCCAGAACCCCAUGACACAGCACCCUCAGACUGCAGCGAUGUAUCAGUCCUCGGAAAUGAAGGGCUGGCCGUCAGGAAACUUGGCCAGGAACAGCGCCUUUUCCCAGCAGCAGUUUCCCCACCAGGGCAGCCUUGGGGCUUACGGUAUGGUGCACAUGAAUGGCAGCGGUGGUCACAUGGGACAGAUGAACAUGAACUCGGUGCCCAUGUCUGGCAUGCCCAUGGGUCCUGAUCAGAACAGACACGUGGUUGUGGCCUCCUGCCUCCUGGAGCUGGGAGUCUGGAGACCCGGAGUGCUCCUCACCGGGAAAGCCUUCAGUGUCCCUUCCCCCGGCCUUGUCUCCACGGAGGGCCAGAGGGCACUGCAGACACCGAGACUGAACAGCUCAGGCUGCGGUGUCGGAUGGAGAGCGUGA